AUGGAUCUGAAGCCUGAAGAAGGGAUCUGGGCAGUUGGCAGGUAUAAAGGGCAGUUCAUGGCUCUCACCUCUCCUCGCACCGUCCUUUCCAACUCCCCGCUCCCCAGGAGGAUCUGGGUCUGUCUGGACUGCACACGGGGGCUGGUGACUUUCCUCAACGCUGACACCGGGGCGCUGGGGGUGGAGUUUGAAGGCAGCCCCAAAACCCCCAACGGGUGCUUCUGGAAAGCGAGGCUCCGGACGCAGAUGGGAUUCCCCAGGAGCCCAUGGGGCCUCCUCAGUCCUUUCCUGACUCUCCACCUCCUCCGGCUGGGAUCAGCGGAACUCAGAGUGGUGGGACCAAGGCAACCUCUCCUUGCCACCGUGGGGCAGGACAUCGUGCUGCCAUGUCACUUGUCUCCACGCAUGGAUGCUCGGAGCUUGGAGAUCAGGUGGAUCCGGCAGCAGAUCUCUGAAACGGUGCACCUCUACCGAAACGGAGACGACCUGUAUGGCGAGCAGAUGGAGGAAUAUGAUGGAAGGACAGAGUUGGCCAGAGAUGGUCUCUCCAAUGGGAGCCUGGACUUGCGAAUCUCUGGGUUGAGACCCUCUGAUGAUGGCCCGUACGUCUGCACUGUGCGAGAUGCUGCCACUUAUGCAGAAACUACAGUGGAGCUGGAGGUGGCAGCCAUGGGCUCUGUCCCUCUCCUCUCUCUGGAGGCUUACGAGGAUGGAGGCAUCCGGGUGGUGUGUUGAUCGGCCGGCUGGUACCCACCACCACAGGUGCUGUGGAAGGAUGGCAGUGGGCAGCAUCCCCCCUCGGUCUCUCAGAGACGUUCCCCUGAUGAGAGGGGCCUCUUUGAGAUCCAAGAUGUCACCGUUGUGAGUGGGAAGGGAGAGGGGAACGUGUCGUGCGUGGUGAGGAACAGCCGCCUGGAGCAGGAGCAGGCGUCGUCCCUGCACAUCUCAGCUCCCUUUUUCCACAAUGCCCAUCCCUGGAUGGCAGCUCUGGGUGUCUUCCUCCUGCUUUCAGUGGUGUCCGCUGCCCUCAGUGCUUACCUCUUCCGAAGGAAAGUGGUGCAGUCCCGAGCGCUGGGGAAACGAGAUGCAGAACUGGGUGAGUCUCCUUGA